UGCAAAUGGAUCCCUCCGCGGGAUUACCAAUGGCUCACUCAGUUUCGCCGGUGUCGGAGGCAACGGAUCUGGCGGCCGUGAUUCGGAUGAACUGGGACGUGGAGUUCGCUCGAUUCUUCAAUUUCCCGAUCUCCAUCCCUCCGUCUGACCUCCGACCCCUCCCGAAGUCGAGGAUCCGCUCGAUUAAGGGAACCUGGAUCCCCGCUUCUUCCCCAGCAAUCCUCCUUGUCCACAAGACAAACCACGAGUCAGCAUACAUCCUUUCCGUCACCGUCCCCGCAUUGGCAUCCACUGUUGAAGAACACUAUGUUCCAAACCUCAUUUUCUCAUGGCCACAACUGCCAUGCAUUUCUCAAUUUUCAGUUGGAGGUAGCAGAGUGAUCUUUGCAAGCCACAUGGAUUCAUCCAAUCAGGUUCAAAAGUUUGCUUUGCGGUUCUCAUCAUGUUCUGAUGCAGAAGCAUUCAUUAAUUUUGUGAAGUGUUUCUUCCUGAUUUGCAAAGAUAUGCCCAGAUUUUGUGAAUGGCGCUUCUAUUUUUCCUUGUUUACAGCAUAG